AUGACUGCAGAAGUACAAAAUCCAAAAUCGGUUGAUGAAAAUGGAAAUUUAAAUGGCACUACAAAAUUCGAUAGUUUUUUGAUUAGCACUAAAUAUAUAGGAACCGAUUACUCGUACAAACACCAAAUCGUAUGGAAAAACGCUAUUGGAUUUCUUAUUUUACAUUUACUUGCGUUAUGGGGAGUCAUACUGAUAGUAACUGGAAAUAUUGCACUGAAAACAUUUCUUUGGACUGUGCUAUUUAUGUAUGCUGCAACUAUAGGCAUCACAAUCGGCGCCCACCGAUUCUUCACUCAUAAAACCUUCAAAGGAACACCACUUCUCAAAGUUUUUCUGCUUUGUCUACAGACCGUAGCAGGACAGAAUUCGACGUUCAUUUGGGCUCGCGAUCAUCGUCUCCACCACCGCUACUCCGAUACCGAUGCCGACCCGCAUAAUUCUAAGAGAGGCUUCUUCUUUUGCCACAUCGGAUGGCUCAUGAUGAAAAAACAUCCAUAUGUGAUUGAAUUAGGAAGAAGAAUUGACAUGAGUGACCUUCAAGCGGAUAAAAUGAUAAUGUUCCAAAAGAAGUACUAUUACUAUUUAUACUUCGUGGUAGCAUUUCUGAUACCGGUAUUCGUACCUAUCUACUUCUUCAAUGAGCACUGGCUGUCAUCAUUCCUCGUAUGUUACUGUGCUCGAUACAUUUUACAAUUGAAUGGAACUUGGCUGGUCAAUAGUGCGGCGCAUCUGUACGGCACUAGGCCAUACGACAGGAAACUCCAGCCAGUCGAAUCCUGGUUUGUGUCGUGUAUUAGCUUAGGCGAGGGCUGGCACAAUUACCACCACGCCUUCCCGUGGGACUACAAGGCAGCCGAAGAAUCUAUGCAUUUUAACUCCAAUGCUACUAUAAUAAGAUUUUUCGAACGCAUUGGCUUGGCUUAUGACUUGAAGAUAGCUUCUCCAGAUAUGGUGAGAAACAGAAUUGUGCGAUCGGGUGACGGAACCCACCAUGUGCUGGGCAACGAUGAAGCCAAGUCUGCGGUCAGCGCUAUCGGUCCUCUUCAUCCUCUGAACCCAACAUACAACAGCACACUGAAAUCCCCUGACGCAAUCCUCAAACCUGAAGGCCUCCCGCUAUUCCACGAAAAGGAUGUUCUCAUUAACAAUCUGACUAGAAGAAAUGUUGCUGGAUAA